AUGGCGACUCGAUUUGAGAUGCUGGAUAAGCAACUCGACCGUUUGGAAAGGCUGUUUGCAAGGAAGAAGCGGGUCACGGAGUUUGACGAUAACUCAGAAGUUGCAAGGAAGAGGCCUGCGACUCCAAUCCCUUUCUCACCACGCUUCGACGCAACCUCAAUGAGCUUUCCGCAACCCUCGUAUAUUCGGCCAACAUCCUCCCGAAUGAUGGCGAGGGAAGAGAUCUCCAUGGCACCACAGUACAUUCGGCGAGCUCGAAGCCUACCCGAGGCAUCUAACACUCCCAGCCUGGGGGCCCCGGCACCUGAGAAUGAAAGCACGACCGCUGUUGGCGACGUGCUCAGCGAAUUUCCAGCUGUCCCAUCGCGCCAGCCCUCAAUCGCGGCCAGCAUAGCCAUGCGGUCGUCUUCAAGCUCCCCUCAGGCCCGCAGCGGUCGCCCAUCACCAGAACUAAUGGAGUUUACCUUCUCCCCAUCAUCAGCAGGUCCCGACAGCGACUCGUCCGCCACGGGACGACGCUCCAGGACCGGCACGAGGACACCCAUUCGGACGCCUUCUGUCUCCCCGAAAGCUCAGUCUGGUCGGACACGGUACUUCACUGGUGCUCAAGAAUCUCCGAUUAGCCCGGCAUCGUUGCAGCAGAAACUCAUGCGUUCUCCGAAGUCUUCACUUCGGAAGUUACUGGCACCACCGCUUUCGGCCCGGCCCACUCUGUCGAUCAGGACUAAGCUAGGUGAUGAUGGCAAGAAUAUCAACAGGUCUAGGAGUCUGUCGAUAUCGGGCGCCAAUGCCAGGGAUGCGAGUGAAGCUCUACGGAAAUCCAUCAGCCUUUCCAAUCUCUUUGCUUUGGCGCCGUCGAAUCCGGACACUGCGUCCUUCAAGGAACCCAGCCUGAAUGAUUUCCUUGCAUUGAGCGACGACGACAUCGCUGAUGGUGAGAACACUUCGCGGGUUCAGCCUGCUAAAUUAAACCCCCCUACCUUCGGGUUGCCUUCAAGUCCGUCGCCUACCGCCUCGCCGGUUCGGAGCAAGCCAGCUCACCCCCUCCUAACCCUCUCUCCGCCCUUGGCUAGCCGCCCGGCCGCCGCCGCCGCUUUUGAGGCUGCAAGGAUCGCAACAAAGUACCAGUUCGACCUCGUCUACGUGGUCAACCUGUGGCCGAGCCACAUGAGCCGGCCCAGCCAUUCCUCACCCCUCAGCCGGUCCUGUGGCACACCUGUCGCAACCUCUUUCUCCACAGCCCCGACGCCAUCCCCACCCGAAUCUCCAGUCUCUCAGGUGUCUGAAUAUGACAGCAGCCAUGACUCCCGAGCCCCGACUCCCCGCGAUGUCCCGCGAAGUGGAAUCACUGGGCGUUUGCUCGCCGCGUACGGCCUUACAUCGCUUAUGAACCCCUUCCGUAUCUCCGCACCAGCCCAUCAAAAGAUGCUUCGCACGUCCGACUGGCUCAAGUAUAACAAUUACACCGGCAUCAAAGACGAGUUCGCCUGCGGCUACGGUCGCUCUUUUUACACCGGGCACAGCGCCGCUAGGGGGAGCGACGCCCAACACACCACGACUGCACAGCAUAAGAACCAGCCUGCCAACCGUGGCAUCGUAUUUGCUGCGUUCCGGGUGCCGCGUGAGGAUGGAGAACCCAUCAGUCUCAACCCCCAAGAGCUUGAGGAACUGCACCAGGAUGCCCAGGCACUUGUCGAUAUGCUCAUCGACAUGCACAUGACCCCUCGCCGGAGUCCCACUCCUAUUUCGGCUACACCAAGCCGGAGGAUGAUGGGGCCAAGCACACCGCUGGUUACGGCUUAG